UUGUCACAGAAAUUCAUCGACAGGACGACUUCCAGACCUAAGACAGGUUGUGCAGUGAUGUCUGGAGGGUUGGCUGUGCUGUGUCUGCUGCUCCUGCAGACGGGAGCUUUCGGGUUUCAGAUAAUAUUUGGUGGAGGAUCGCUGAAACAUCAGGACAUCACUGAGAGAGCCAUCUUGAAUGCCACCGUGCAGGCUUGCCGCGCUCUGGCCUUGGCUGAGGGCACAGACUUCACCUUUCCUCCUCUGAAUGUCGAGUCUGUUGCUGUUGCCUGUGAAGCAUCAAAAUCAUUCAAGAGCUUCCAAAAAGCAAUCAAAGUAAUCCAAAAAAAGAACUGGCGAGUGGAUAUUCGUUUCUUGCUCAGCUCACGCCGUCACUUUGACGACGAGGACUUUAUAGAGGGAAGGAAAAUCAUCACAGAAGGACUCUCAGCUGUGAAGGCCAGCAACAAGCGAGAGAACUUUGAGGCAGCGAGAGAAAAACUGGGAGAAAUCUUACACACUUUACAGGAUUUCUACAGUCAUAGCAACUGGGUAGAAAUGGAAAACAUCUUCCCAAAUUCCAAUCUGAUCAGAUCAGACACCAGCAUUGGUAACAUAGCAGAUGAAAGCAGGGCGACGUGUCGCAACUGUGAUGGAGACAACUGCACCAACAACAUCUUGGAGGACAUCAUAGAGCAGAAGAUCCUAACCUCCGGAUACUUUGGUGUUGUGCCUUUUUUCUCUACCAAACCAAAAGGAAAAUGCAGUCAUGGAGGAGUGUUUGAUCAAACAAGUACCAUCGAACCUAAAGGCGGGAUCAACAAGGACACUUUCGAGUCUAGCCAUGGACAUCUCCACGUGAAAGCAGCAAAUCUGGCGAUAGCUGCAACCAGUGAGCUACUGGAGGACAUUCGAGGGGCUGCUGGUGACAGACCGUUCCUACAGAUGUUGGGAAUCUCCAAAGGAUCCAGUAAAGCUCUUUGUUUUGUGAUUGACACCACAAAAAGCAUGAGUGAUGACAUUGAAGUGGUGAAGACCGUCACUUCCUCUAUAAUCAACAGUGAAGUGGGAACAGAAGAUGAGCCCUCACUUUACAUUCUCGUACCUUUCGAUGAUCCAAAUUUUGGACCACUGAUAAGGACUACAGACCCAAAUGUCUUCAAGAAUGCUAUAAAUGCACUAUCACCAUCUGGAGGAGGAGAUGAUGCGGAACUUAGUCUCUCAGGGCUUCAGCUGGCUUUAACUAGUGCGCCUUCAAACUCUGAGAUCUUCCUCUUCACGGACGCACCUGCUAAAGACAAACACCUGAAAAGCACAGUGAUCGCACUCAUAGAGCGGACACAGUCAGUGGUGAACGUCAUGAUUAGUGGCUCAACAGUGGAAAAUCGUAGGAGACGGCGUGAAGUCAGGAUAACAGCAUCAGAUGCACAGCUGUACAGAGACCUAGCUCAGGCUUCAGGAGGUCAGGCCAUCGAAGUCACAAAAAAUGAGCUCCCUGUAGCCAUCAGCAUCGUAACAGAGUCCUCCAGCUCCUCUCUGGUGACCCUCCUGCAGGCAGCCAGGAGCCCGGGAAAGGCAGAUAAUUUCAAGUUUUUUGUCGAUCAAACCGUAACAAACCUCAGAGUUUACAUCACCGGGCGCUCCGUCAGCUUCACCCUCAUCAGCCCCACAGGUGAAUCUCAGCAGAGCACCAUCACAUCAGGAUCACUGAUCACUGCGUCCCAGUCAGUGGGAAACUUUAUUACUCUGCAGAUAAAAACCCAACAUGGACUGUGGGAAAUGAAAAUGGAGUCAACUAAUCCCUACACUCUGAAGGUCAUAGGUCAGAGUCCUAUUGACUUCCUGUUUGACUUUGUGGAGGUCUCGCAGGGCCUGUUCAAUGGAUUUGAUGCUCUUGACUCUCGUCCCAGGGCUGGUGUCAACGGGAGCUUGUUGGUGUCUUUAACGGGGAGUGAUUCGGCUACAGUGACCGAGGUCGCUCUGGUUGAAUCAUCGGGGUCCGCUGAGAUUAAAGGAGUUGUGGAGGCACAGGGGAGUAGGAACUUCUUAGUUCAUAUCGACAGGAUACCAUCAGUGGAGUUUGUGGUCCGGGUGAAGGGGCAGAAUGGCGGUGUAUUCUUCCAAAGGCAGUCAUGCACCAACUUCAGAUCCUCCAAUCUGACUAUUACUGCUGAUUCAAAUGGCAUCUUGGUACCAGGAACGCCAUUUCCUGUGCCUUUCUCUGUGAUGACCAAUGGAAUAGGGGGAAACUUCACCAUCCGAGCCACCAACAGCCAACGUUUUGACUCAACAUCUCCAACCAGUUUAUUUCUGGAAGCUGGAAACAGUACUAAUGGCACUGUGACCCUCUCAGCACCUCUUAACACCCGUUCGGGUACUGACGUCACCCUGACUAUUGAGGCUGAGGCUCCGGGAGGCAAAGAUACAAACUAUGUUGUGCUGCGUUUCUCAAUUGUGAACACGGUGACUGAUUUCACUAACCCAGCAUGCCAGCUCCUCAGCCUGCAGUCCAACUGCUCUGAAAACUGCAGCUUAUCCACAUGGGAGCUUUCUGCCCUGGUGACAGAUGGAGCUGAAGGGACGGGUGUCGCCCGUGUUAGUCUCAAACAGGGCAACGGGACCAUGAACACCAGCCUGGUUACAGGCAACGAGAACAUAACGUUAGUAUCCUACAGCGCGUCUUGCUGUUCACCUGAUAUGGAGCUGUUGGUUGUGGAUCAGGUGGGUAAUGUAGGCACCUGUUUCUACACUAUCAGGGAACCUCCACCAUCUGCUUUGUCUGUUUCCACCAAAGCCACACAGUCUUUCUUUCUUUGCAUAAGCAUAGUCAUGUUAGGGCUCCAUGUACUGACAAAACAGUGACUCUGUCAAAGUUGCAAAUGGUUAAAGCUGCAUUAUUACUAUUAUUAAUUGCGUCAUUAAUCUAUAUGUUGACACUGAAUUUACUUUGUAAUAUGUAUGUGUACUGUGCCAAAUAUUGCAUGCAGUGAGGCAUCAUCCUGCAGGGAAUUGUGACGCAUUUAUGACGAAACGGUUCCAAACUCUUUUUAGCGUGUAGGACCUAAAGGUCGAUGCUUUGCUUUGUCUCCAUGUUAAGGCACCUUUUAAUACACUGCAGCACCUUAGUGGGCACUUUAUCAUGUUUUUGUGCACAAUAGAUGGCACUUUAUCUACCACAGGGUCACCCAAGAAGGCAUUCCAUACCCUUUCACACAGACCCUUGCCACAAAACAGAUAAAGAAAGUAUAAACUGGGCUUAAAGAGGUAAUUGUUUGCUUAUUUAUUAUCCAUUUUAAAAGGGUUUAAAAAGGUUAUGUUGUAUGCUUUGUGUAUGUUGUAUGCCUGUUUUGAAUUGUAUCUGUCCCUUAGUGGCCAAAACCCAUUAAUGCAGCUUUAAAUCUCAAACAGAUUUUUUUGCUACGUGCUGGUUGCUUAGCUAUUAUGAGGCUUAUUGCUGCUGUUAGCGUGUAUUCAGACAGGAACAGGGAAACAGGCAGGGUGAGGGGAGCUCAGGUGGGUUGCUAAUGACUAUACCUGCUGAAUGUAACCGCUGUGAAACAAUCAGAAAAUAAUAAUACUAACUUUUUAUUUUGCUGAUUAAUAACAGCUUUAUCGAGGCCGGCGCUCACUCUCUGUUGUUGUUACUCUGUUUCUCUACCAAAGCGCUCUCUCUCUCUCUCUCUCUCUCUCUCUCUCUCUCUCUCUCUCUCUCUCUAAUCAUCGGACAGAGUUUAUCAGAGUUUAGUCUGGGAAUCCACCUGGAUAGUCUCCGCUUCAGAGACAUUUCAGGCUGUCUGUGGAGGUUUGACCGAUCUGAGAGUCUAAAUGGCUUGCGGGAUGUGACAUGGGGCUCCGGUUUGCCAAAAGUUGAAUCAGGCUCAAUUUCUCACCCAGACGCCGGCAACGUUUUUUGCGGCAACCCCUGCGUUGCAGACUGCCGGUGCAGAAACACACGACCCCUACUGAAAUGAAUGAAAAGACCUCCGUUUCUGCUGCGGUGCCUCUUCCUGUCUGAAUGCUCACGUAUACAGGUCUUUUGUCCUGUGAAAGAUAGAGCCUGAUGCCUUUUAUGCUCUGCUUCCUGUUUAGUGAAUGUAUUUCUGUUUGUGAGCUACUGUGUGGCUUCACACACGUGAAGCAUCAUUUUGUCAUUUUAAUAAACUCUGAAAUGUUUCAACAAGAGAUGAA